AUGGCUUCUACUGCCCACUGCUUCUACUGCUUUGAAUGUCUAUAUUCUUCUUUUAAAGGCACAGACCCUCCCAGUCUUUCAGUAGUCAAAGAACUAUGGGAAGCUUUUGAAUCUUCCAAGGAACUUCUUGCAAGUGCAGACUACGAGGAUUCCACAGAUUAUUUUGAAAAUGACCAAAACAAAGGCAUCCGACCAAGUGCAGCGGUCAAUGGGCCGGAUUACACCAGCGAGGAGUCUGAUGAUGGAGUCAUGACUGGACUUGCUCCGCAGAAAGCACAGUUACGAAGCAUUAGUCGUCUUCAGGGAAAUUCGUCAUCCAACUCGCCCCACUCAUCCAACUUAUCUACCCCUUCCGCCUUGUCUAACAGCUCCUCCCGCUCUGUGCUGACAAGCGCGUCUUCUAUGACUUCUAUUAGCGAAAGGACGUCAUCCUCGUUUUCGGAAACCAAAGGAGUUGCCGCGGGACUUCAAACUGAUAAUGCUGUCAUUGCCUACCCGUUAUUUGUCACCUGGAACACUCUUUCCAGCAGCGGCCACAAAUCACUGCGGGGAUGCAUAGGCACAUUUGAGCCACAGGAACUAGAGGCUGGCUUGAAAUCAUACGCGCUCACAUCCGCCUUUGGAGAUACUCGAUUUACCCCGAUCCCAGCAUCUUUACUUCCCUCCCUCUCCUGUUCCUUAACCCUCCUCUCAUCAUUUGAAACCUGCAGCGACACCCUCGACUGGACUCUAGGCAAGCACGGGAUUCGCAUAUCAUUUACCCACCGCGGGAGACGACUCGGGGCCACGUAUCUCCCUGACGUAGCAGUGGAGCAAGGAUGGACCAAGGAAGAAACUAUGGAAAGUCUCAUGAGAAAAGCUGGCUGGGAAGGCUGCAGCAGUAGUAGUGGCGGCAAAGCGAGCCGUGCAUUCCUUCGAGGAGGGCUAAGUUCUGCUAGCAAGGCAAACAAUGCGGUGAAGAAGCCGUGGGAGGAAGUUUCAGAGUUUAAAACGGUCAGGUAUCAGGGCCUGAAAGCGAGUGCAAGUUAUGCAGAGUGGCAGAAGUGGAGGAAAUGGGUUGGGUCAUCGAGUGAUCGUCAGGGACUAUUAGAGUCGGGGAUGUGA